GGGGAGAGAAAGAGAGAGAAGGAGAGGUAGCUUCCCGGCACGCACACACACAUGCACACACAGCACCAGCGGGCUAUAGAGAGAGAGUAUCAGGCACCCGGGACUCCAGAAUGAAGACCCUCCUGAGCUGCGUGUGCCUCCUCGUCUGCGCCGUCAGCGUGUGGAGCCUCUCCUGCGGGUCGUGGGGCGCCGGGUGCAGCGAGGAGGUGGCCGCCCGCCUCAAGUGCCUGCACGGGGUUGCCAUCUUGCCCUGCAAUCGCUGCGAGUGCGCCAAGGGUCUGAACAUGCCCUGCGGCGGCCCCUGGAACAUCACGGGCAAGUGCGGCCUGGGGCUCGUCUGCAACAAGGACUGGGCGGACUUCAACUCCGACGGCGUCUGCGUCAACGCCUCGACAGUGGCACUGGCACUCGAGGACCGGAAGGAUCCAUGAACGAUGCUGCACGGCACGGGUGCAGGGGAUGGCCGGGGGGGGAGGUGGGGGUGGAGAGGGUGGAAGGACGGAGUGAAGUUUAGAGGGAAGGUAAGGAGAUGGAGAAGAAUAAAGGGGAUAUGGAGGGAAGAAGAAGAGGAGGAGGAGGAGGAGGAGGCUGGAAGUGGAGGAGGCGAAAGAGAGGGGAAUGAACCGGAAUAGGAGAAAGAGAGGUUAGAGAGAGAGAGAGAGAGAGAGAGAGAGAGAGAGAGAGAGAGAGAGAGAGAGAGAGAGAGAGAGAGAGAGAGAGAGAGAGAGAGAGAGAGAGAGAGAGAGAGAGGAAGACCCGAAGGGACGAACGAAGGGCUGAAGAAGAUGAGCAGACAAUUUAUGUGUCUUAUAAGUGAUGUAAAGAAAAAAAAAAUCGAUAAAAAAAAAUCCGAAAAAAAAAUCAAAUAACAAAACAUAUAGAUAAAAAGAAAU